AUGACGCUCUCGCUCUCCAAGCUCUGGCGCUACCUCAACGAGGACAUCCGCGAAGACAUCAUCCUCGAAUCCCAACUCCUCCUCCUCUCCUUCGCAACGGGGAUGCAGGACGCCGCCGCAUGGCCGGACUACUCCUGCUUCGCGUCCAACCAGACGGGCAACACCCUCUUCCUGGCCAUCGGCGUCGCCGGCCUCGCUCAAAACUCCUACUCCUUCCCCAACAUCGGCAUGAGCCUGGGCAUGUUCAUCGCAGGCGGCCUCAUCAUGGGCCAGCUAGGGAAUUGGUUCGGCGUGCGCCGCCGCCUCUGGCUCAUCCUCAGCAGUCUCAUCCAGACCGUCCUGGUGUUUGUCGGGCUGAGCCUGCAGUACGCGCUGCCGCUGCGGCGCGACGGUCCCACGGCGCUCGGGGUGAUCGCGUGUCUGGCGUUCUCGGCGGGCGGUCAGGUGGCCAUGAGCCGGUCGCUGAAGAUCACGGAGAUCACGACGGCCAUGGCGACGGCAGCGUAUAUCGAUGUCGUGGUGGACCCGAACCUGUUGCAGCUGCACAAUCGGCUGCGGAACCGGCGGGUGUUGUUCCUGGUGAUGUUGACGGGGGGCUGUUUUGUGGGUGCGUUUGCCGAACGCGCGGUCAAUUCCUCGUUUGCGCUGUUAUGGUGUGCGGUUGGCAAGUCGAUUGUGACGGUGUCGUUGAUGUUCAACGAAAAGCUUGAGAAAAAGGCAUGA